AUGUUUGACAACAAUGGUGACGCCCUGCGACAUCGCAUCACGGCGGCAUGCGGCGCCGGCUUCUUGCUUUUUGGGUACGAUCAGGGAGUUUUUGGAGGCAUUUUGAGCAACAAGUCUUUUAUCGAAACGUUCAAUAACCCAAACUCCACAAUUCAAGGCCAAAUCGUGGCUUCGUAUGAUAUUGGCUGCAUCAUGGGCACAAUCGUGUCCAUGUUUCUCGGAGACAAGCUUGGCCGAAAGAGGUGCAUCUUCUGCGGAUGUACUAUCCUCAUCAUAGGGGGCAUUUUGCAGGCGGCUUCAUACUCUAUUGCGCUGAUGAUAUUCGGCAGAGUUGUCGCUGGCAUUGGCAACGGCAUGAAUACUAUAGCCAUUCCUGUUUGGCAGUCUGAGACGGCAAAACCAGGUAAUCGUGGGAAACUGAUUGUGUUACAAAUGGUUACAAAUAUAUUUGGUAUUGUCAUCACCAAUUGGAUGAACUUCGGAUUUACUUACGUCCCGGAUAAUUCGGUAUCUUGGAGAUUUCCAUUGGCUUUCCAAUGUGUCUUUGCUAUUGUCACGAUCAUCAUGACCUCCAUUGCCCCAGAAUCACCACGUUGGUUGAUAAUGAGCAAACGCGAAACAGAGGCCCAAAACGUCAUUGCCCGUUUUCAAAGCAAACCUGAGAACCAUGCCUCUGUGAUAGAAGAGAUGCAGUACCUCGCUGCAUCGGUAAACCAUGAGGCAGAACUACAAAAUUCUGUUUCCUUCAAGGAGAUAUUCAGCAACGGGCCACAACAGACUUUCCGCCGUAUUCUUCUUGGGGCAGGGACGCCGGUUUUUCAACAAGUGGGAGGAGUAAAUGUUAUCGCUUACUAUCUUCCAAUCGUUCUAGUUCGAUCUUUCGGCAUGUCGCAGCGUCUAGCACUGAUUCUUUCCGCCGUGGACUCCAUGUCUCUGAUGUUCUGGGGCGGCAUAGCUGCCUUGCUCAUUGACCGCAUUGGUCGCAGGCGGUUAAUGCUCAUGGGUGUGGCCUGCAGCGGGGUCUGCUUUGCGCUCGUGGCCAUCGGACUCCGCUACAGUGGACCCGACAAGACAAACAAGAGCAUGUCUAUCUUGGCUGUCGUCUUCAUAUUCUUGUACUAUGUCUUUUAUGGCCUGUCGCUGCUCUCUAUUCCGUUCAUGUACCCUGCCGAAGUUAAUUCGCAGCGCAUGCGUAACAUGGGCACCUCGAUUGCUACGGCGGUCAACUGGACUUGCGUAUACAUCGUUGUUGUCGUUACACCAACUGCAAUUGACAGCAUCGGCUGGAAGUACUAUUUGAUCUAUGCUAUUUUCAAUUUUGCUUUCGUGCCGAUCAUUUGGCACUGGUACGUGGAAACGGCCAACUUGUCACUGGAACAAGUUGAUCGUCUGUUCGAGAUUAAACACGCAGGGGGCAAAAAGAUGAACUGGAAAGAAGCAACCAGGUUGGCAAAGAUGGAGACUCCCACUAAUAUCGAACUGAAAGAAGAAAACGGUCAGAACGGCAUGGCAAGUCACCAUGAGUCACCUAAUAAAUGA